AGCUAAGAGACAGACUUAGCGUGCUCAGUUGCUGCUUCACCUGCACCGCCUCACACAGCUUAUAGACACACAGUUUGAUUUAAAGUCAGCUUCUUCAUCACUCUGAAGAGGAGAUCUCAACACUUCAGGAGGACCAGGAGGCCUGGAGAUGGCUUCAAAACCAAUAAGAGGGGGCAGGGAAGAACCUCCUGAUCUGUCUGAAUUAAUAAACAAACUCAAAGAACUUGCCGCUUCAUUCCUCAGAGAGUUUGACAGCAGUGAAUACAGGAUGACACAGAUUGUUAGAGAGUUAAGGAAGAUCACUGCUGAAGACAGAAUGUUGCAGGAGAGAACAGAUAGAGAAAGAAUAGCAGGAUAUGUUACUGCAGCACUAGGACUGGGACUCCUGGUCCUUGCAGCUCCGCUCAAGGGGGAGGCGAGUUUAGCAGCAGCAACAGCAGGAGCAGUAGCAACAGCAGGAGGAGGAGGUGUUAUUCUUAAUGUAAAUGAAACAAAAACAAUGAAAGAGAUCGAAAGAGCAAAGAAAAUAGAAGAACUGGGGAAAGAGUUCAUGGAGAUUGUUGAACCACUGAAGAAGGACCUGGAAGAAAUAAAGAGGACGUGUGAGAAGUUGGAGGAAAGAUCAGCUGAACUUCAGGCUGAAAAGACUCUGACAGACAUGGAGGACUUUCAGAGGAUUCUGAGACGAGUUUCUGAAGAUAAAAGAGGAAAAGAAAUCCCAGUAAUGGAUUAUCUGUGUAGCAGGAUGGUUGAUGACUGUGAAAAGAUGAAGAAAGAACUCAAAGACCUCACUGAAAAGUAAAGGAAGCGACACACAUUAGUAACAUAACUUGACUUUACCAUGGAUUGAUAUUAUUAUUCAUAUAAUGUGGGUAUUGCAACUCCUUUUAAUUUUGGUUCUUUUAAUAAUUUGGAAAUUUUAUCUUUUAAAAUGAUAUGUGAUAAUGAUAUGUGACAAUCAAAACAAACAAUUGCUGUGUAAUCAUUUAUCCCCCCCCACACACACUUAUUCUAACACCGGUUUUCUCAAUACAUUUUCUAAUUAACUAUUCUUCCUUGUUCUUAAGUUUGAUAGGGUCAUUAUUAAUUAUUAAUUAUAUACAAUUAUUCCAAUCGAUUCACUAUUGACUUUUUAAAUAUAUGUACAGUAAGUCUUUUAACCUUGUGCAGUAUGUCUCUGGCCCAUCACAUGAGCAUGGACACACCCUUGACCUUUACCUAAAGGACUCUUUACAGUCGCGGUUCCCGACCUGUCGCAUGGGUUACUUACUGGGUUAAGAGGAGGUCUUUUAUGGUGAAUGAAAGGCUUGAUCCCACCAAGUAGCUCAUCCAAUCGUUGUGCAGACACUCUAAAGUAUUCAAAGUGCUUCUCUUCUUUUAUUGGUUUCACGAAUAUAUUGAACUCACCAUAUUUAUGUCUGCAGUUGUCUAGCAUGCUCAAAAGCAGCUGUUCUUCCUCAUCCAUUGACUCCAAUCUCAUCUCAGCCACUGUUGACGUUGACGUCAAUGCUGUUUCAAGUUCUGCCCUUGUUUACCUUUUUUACUUCUUCUUCUAGUCCAUAGAAAGAGCAAAGUUGGUAGCGUUUCCUUAUUAGCGCCCCCUCUGUUCAGGAGAAAACUGCAACUAGUGUUGCGACCUUCACGCAGGAGUAUAAACAGUUACGGUGCUCCCAUGAUGUCACACUGGUGCAAGACAGGUCGGGAAUGGCGAGUAUACCGAAAUGUGAUGAUGAGAACCGAGUCUGUCUUUUUUUCAGAGGAGUCUGACACGAGUUUCUGAACUGGAGGAAGGAUUGAAGUAGUUUUGUCUGCAGCUGUAAAAGUGAUGAGUUUCAUAGAUGAUCUGUUAUUGCUCAAUGGGAAAGUCUUCAGAGUCAGUGCGACCCCUGAAGAGGAUGAAGAGUUCAGAAAGUCCAUCAUCCAGUCAGCUGAUGUCUGUCAGGAGGUCGUUGAUGACUUUGAUCAGAUGAAGAAAGAACUCAAAGACUUCACUGUAAUGCAAAGAUAGAGGCAGCAGGGAGAACAGAAAGACUGGUUCACACUGAAACUGCUGACUAACUGUGUUUCAUCAUUUAUUUUACCAACUGGACUUU